GCUGUUUCGUCAGUAAACGGAACGGCAGAACAGAGCUCUCUCUCACCGGCGGCGACAGUGACAUUGUCGGAGCCGGGAGCUCUUCUGCUAAUCUGUAGCUCAAAAUUGAAAUUGUGGGUGUACUACUACACUUUCGUUCGUUCCUUGAAGCUCAAUUACGUUUAUUGAUCGCAUCAGAUUACUACAACGAUGGCGCAGGAUUCUGCUGGUGAUGACGAUUAUGUGGAUUGGAAUACUGAUGAUGAUUUUGAGAUUGAUAACUUUCAGUCAUCUCCAGUACAUUCCAGGGCCGAAACUUUAGUUGGUGUAGCUGUGACAACUAGUUCUUUGAGCUCUCCUAUUGAGACAACCGACUUAGUUCAGAUGGGAUUCUCAGACGAGAUAUUUGCCACAUUAUUUGACAUGGGAUUUCCCGUUGAGAUGAUUGCUAGAGCAAUCAAAGAAGCUGGACCAAAUGCGGAUACUUCGGUUAUAAUUGAUACUAUCUCCAAGUACUCUAGUGAGAAUGAAGCUGGUUCUUCCAAGUCCAAAACUAUUGAUCACUUCCUUGCGAUGGGAUUUGACGAGGAAAAAGUUAUCAACGCCAUACAUGAACAUGGAGAAGAAAAUAUGGAUCAAAUAGCAAAUACACUCCUCUCAUGUGCAGAACCAAAGAAAUUAACAGAAGUAAAGGAAGAAGAUGACAUUGACUGGUCAGAUGAUGAAAUAAAUUACUCAGAGACAUUACUCUCUGAUGAUGAGAAGGAACCAAACUCAUCCAAUCUAAACAGAAACCAAAUACGGUCUUUGGUGAAGAUGGGUUUCUCAGAGCUAGAAGCUUCUCUAGCUGUGGAGAGAUGUGGAGAGAAUGUGGACAUUGCAGAGCUCACAGACUUCCUUUGUGCUGCUCAGAUGGCUCGAGAAUUUACUGAGUUUCACACUGAACCUGAAGAACAAAGACCUAGACAUGAUGUUAAAAAAAGGCGGCUUGAGUCAAAAAGAGAGCCAAGUUCAUCUGUUGAUGACGAGCCGGUUCGGCUACCAAAUCCAAUGAUAGGAUUUGGGCUUCCAAAUGAGCCAAGAGAGGAAACUCGAAUACUUCCAGAGUUAGCUCGUGGUCCACCUUUUUUUUACUACGAAAAUGUCGCCCUUGCACCUAAAGGGGUUUGGGAGACUAUCUCAAGACAUCUAUAUGAGAUUCCACCAGAAUUUGUGGACUCCAAAUAUUUUUGCGCCGCUGCGAGAAAGAGAGGAUACAUCCACAAUCUCCCUAUCAGCAACAGAUUCCAGCUUCAACCUCCACCAAAAUACACUAUUAAUGAGGCAUUUCCAUUGACCAAAAAAUGGUGGCCAGACUGGGAUAAAAGGACCAAACUGAACUGCAUUUUGACUGUUACCGGCAGUGCCCAGUUAACUAACAGGAUCCGUUCAGCCCUUGAGCCUUAUAGUGGUGAACCAGAACCGCCUAAAAAUGUACAGAGAUUUGUGAUUGACCAGUGUAGAAGAUGGAACCUGGUAUGGGUGGGUAAGAAUAAAGCUGCCCCACUCGAGCCAGAUGAGAUGGAGAAUCUUCUGGGAUUUCCAAGAAAUCAUACAAGAGGUGGUGGAAUGAGUAGAACUGAACGCUACAAAUCUUUGGGAAAUUCUUUUCAGGUUGAUACUGUGGCGUAUCAUCUGUCUGUCCUGAAACCCAUUUUCCCAGAUGGAAUCAAUGUUCUAUCCCUCUUCACGGGUAUUGGAGGUGGAGAAGUGGCGCUUCAUCGUCUCCAAAUCCGAAUGAAGCUUGUUGUGUCUGUUGAGAUCUCAAAAGUCAACAGAAAUAUUUUGAAGGACUUCUGGGAGCAAACUAACCAGACUGGAGUUCUGAUCGAGUUUUCAGACGUCCAAACCUUGACUAACGACACGAUCGAAGAUUUGAUGAAGAAAUAUGGUGGAUUUGAUCUAGUUAUUGGAGGAAGUCCUUGCAACAAUCUGGCAGGCGGUAACAGGGUAAGCCGAGUUGGUCUUGGAGGUGACCAAUCUUCUUUGUUCUUUGAGUACUGCAGGAUUCUGGAAGUGGUACGCGGGAGGAUGAGAAGAUACUGAUCACUCCCUUAAAUGAAGUAGAUAUGACUUAUUGAAAUACUCUGUUUUGUUUUCUUAUGUAAUCUGGCCAUGAAGGUACAUGAUUGAAUGACAUAAAGUCAACCUAACUCUCUUAUGCUUUUUGCACUUUUCACUUCACGACCUUAGCACUGAUGUUCUGGAAUUUAUUCAACCAAAGAAAUAUGUCAUCAUAUAA